GAAAUUCUGAACUUGUAAACUUAAGAUAAACUUUUAACAUUGUUUAUAUCUUGAGUGUUUGUAUAAAUCUUUCAAUGGUACAUAACGUGAAAGUACGUCAAUAAAAUAUCUGCGUGUGGCUAUCAACUUCAACUCUUUGCUUAUUGCGUACACGAGUAGGUCUCCAUAACCUAAUCGCAUAUUAGUCAUACUGAUAGAAUGCUGGUCAGUGAAGUGUGGAGAAGUUGUUAUCAAGACGCUUUAUGAUAAGUUAAACCAACUUACAUAGUACAUUUUAAGGAUACUUUACAAACAUUUGAUCAAAGCGAAUGGAAGAAUCGUAAUAACCUACAGAAGUGUUCACUAUGGAGAACUUUGUUCGCAGGGAAGUCAUUCGGUCGCAGUUGGAACACUUGGCAUUACUGCUGAGUAAGGAGGGGGAAGAGUGUUUUAUUAUCACUGCUUGUAUAGUCGAUGGAAGUUUCCAGCUAUUUGGCUCGAGCAAGGGUGUUGAAUACAUACAGAACUACUUUAAAGGCGUGGUGGAGGAGUUUUUGCCUUAUUUAAGUCAACAGGACAUGCCCGAAAGAGUAUACACACGCCAAGUCGUCGAUGAUUAUAAUGAUGCCAAAAAGGCGAUCCGAUCUAUGAUUGUAUAUCAGGCAUGUCGACUAGCUGAGAACGGGGAGGAGUGCUUUGUGGUGACUGCCACAAACCCAAAUAUUCUAGGCUCCGACAAGGGGGUAGCCUACUGUGGAAUCUUGUUUCAAGGCAUUCAGAGAGCCUUUUCCAGACACGUUGAAGCUCACCAAACGGCUGACAGAGAUCAGGCCGUUGAACAAGGCCCUGAAACGAGCACAGAAGAUGUACAUUCUGUACACAGUAAACUGCAAACGCAUCUGAAGAUUGAGAAUCCUAUCAGACAUGAGUCAGAAAACGAUCAUUGUGGAAACAAUUCCAAUGACAAGGGAGAGCCUUGUCCCACACCAAGAAAAGGUGAAACUUCAGCAUUAUCAAGAAAUGUAUCCCCUAGUCAAUGGAAUGGUAGAGGAAAGCAACCACUAAAAGACAACAAUACACCAGCGAAAAUGGAUAUCCAAUCAAUGUUUUCAUAUUCAGAUGAUUCAGAUCUUCUUGGUAGCGGCACUGAUGAGGAUUCCACUAAUGCAGACAGUCUGCUGUCAGAAUCGGAACUGCUAGCCGAAUCAUCGAAAUGGGAAACGACAGGGCUAAAGAGGACAAAUCAAAUGGAUGAGGUCAACUCAGAUAAGAAGAGAUUUAAACCAGGUAAUGGUAUUAACUUAAACACUGUUGGUCCAAGUACGUCUGGUUUACAGAGCACAAGUCAGAUGAAUAAAGAAGACAAACGGUUUGUUUGCGUUGUAAAAGGAUGCGAAAAGGGCCAUAAGGACCGCAGCAAGCAAUUGGAGCAUUACAUAAGUCACACGGACAUGAAAUUAUACACGUGUGACUUAUGUCAGAUCUCAUUUAAAACUAGAGGGUCUGUUUGUAACCAUAGGAAACAGAAGCACCCAGAUAUUGAAUACAGACCUCAGGUAAUGUUACGAGAGCGACUCGAAGAGUUGGAAAAAGAGCUAGAAAGAAACAACGACGUCAGUACUUUAUAUAACCCUGAUGUUAGAUCAAACGAAAACAUGCCAAAACAAAGAAAUAGGUUUUGUGGCGUUUAUCUUCCUGGAUUACAUGAUGAUCAGGAUUCUGUUCAGUAAUUGGAUGCUACACGUCAGACCGAAAAUAAAUCUUUCUUCUAGAAUAAAACGGUGUUCACACACGAAUGGAUAAAACAAAUUCAUCUGAACUUACUCUAAAAGGACUAAACGUACUGUAACAAUGUUUAUUGUAUACUAUUAAACAGAUGUCACUGACAUAACGUCACUUUUUAAACUAAUACAUUAUUUAUUUAUUCCGUUAUAUUUACAUUGUGUUUAAAAAUCUUCGGUCCGAUUGUUAUUUUUUGGUAAAGGUAAUUACGCUAAUAAUGUAGUCUUUGCUAACAUUUAAAUAUUUAUUGCUCUAUAAGUUUAACGGAUAUCUCCGUUAAGGCGUUGUUGUUCGACUAAGGCUAUUUUCAUCUUAUUUCAUUGUUUUAAUUCAGUUUCCUGUCAUAGAUAGAUUUAUUAGUAGUUAAUUAAUCGUGAUUAAUUUGUAACACAAGGGAUGUGAUAUAACUUUGAUAAUUUUUUAUGUUCAUGGUUCACUGCAACUUUUAACUCCUUAGCUUUACAAUUCUGUAAUUUUUCGAUUCCAGUAUGUCCUUAAGCUUGUGCAAUUAUUUAUUUUUAUUUAUGAUUGCCAUUAAACAAACUGUUUUUUCUUCCAACUGUGAUACAUUUUAUUAGCUAAAUGUGUCUUCCUCUGUCAAGCUAUGUUUUACCACAAGAACCACAAUGGAAAUAAUGCAUUUAUAAUUCUUUUUUUGUGAUAUCCAUUGUGUACAAUAAAGUUA